AUGAGGGAAUUGGUGAUACUUCGAAAUGCGAUGGUGCCACACAUCUACACGCUGGCGUGGAUAGCUCACCGCUCUGCGAUCUCGGUCGUCAGGCCAAUGUACUACGCCUUCCCGGAGGCAGAGGAGGCAUACAGGUUCAAAGGCCAGUACAUGUUCGGCCCGGACACCCUGGUCGCGCCGAUCGUGUCAGCUGUCACGAAGCCGAACGGGACGGCCGCGAAGGACAUAUGGCUGCCCCCGUCACCCGCCCCGUGGCUCAGCUGGGACGGCCGGGCCGCCUUCCGCGGAGCGUCGGUGCGGACCCUGUGCUUCGGCCUGGCAGACCUCCCCGUCUUCGUGCGGGCGGGCACCGUGAUGCCCACGCGGACCGCCGCCUCCUCUCGGGCGGCGACGGCAGACCCCCUCGUCUGGGUCGUCUGGCUGGGGGGCGACGGCGCGCAGACCGAGGGCUCCGGCACGCUCUACGAGGACGCAGGCGACGGCUUCGCCCACCUCUCGGCGGCCCACCUCUCGGCGGCCCCCGAGGCGGCGGAGCCCGAGGGCUCGGCGCUCACGCGGGCCCUCCUCCGCGCCUCGGGCGCGGAGGCGACCGUGCGGCUGCUGGGUACGCGGGGCUCCUACCCGGGGCAGCCCCCGAGCCGCGAGGUGGUGCUGCAGCUGCGGGGCGGCCCGCAGGGCAGGUCCGCCGCCGUGCGCGUCGACGGGCGGCCCGUGCCAGCGGGCGGCGCCCGCGGCUCGUUGGUGGACCCUCCCGGCGCCUUCACGGUGAGCCUGGGGCGCCGCGGCAUCCGUCAGGACACCGUCGUGCACAUCGCGUGGCCCGCCAGUGAGCCGCCGGCACCCUUGCGAUACGUCUGA